GUUGCAAAAACAUAACGUUGUUCUGUCAAACACGUAGACAAAAUAUUGAAUUUUUGGGUGUAUUUUCAGUAAUUUCCAUUAUUUAUUUCCAAAAUGCCCUCCAGUGAUAGCGAUGAUUUUGAGAGCGCAGACGAAGGUCAUAGCAGCCCAAACAAACGGGAAAGGAAAAAGCGAUUAUCAUCAUCAAAUUACAGUGACAAUGUAGAAUCUGAUCAGGACAAUAGAAAACCACAAGAAUCCGCUUUAAAUAAGCUGGCAGUGCCUAAAAAAGAUGAUAUCCCAAAAGAUGGAUGGGACGAUUUUGACAUAGAAGAAGAUUCAGAGCCUAGUAACAUUCCUCAAAAAGAAGAAAUCGAGGCACCAGCCAAGACAGAAGUACCAACAGCUAAGUCAGAAGACUCACACAACUCUGGCUGGGAUACUUUUGAUGAUUGGGGAGAUGACAAUGUUAGUGUAGUUCCUAAGGAACAACCACAAAACCUAAGGCCUCAAGCACAAACCACUAAGGAAGUACCAGAUUCCCAACCGCCAACCAAAAGUGAAGGAUGGGGUUGGGGAUGGGGUGUGGAUUCUUUAUUAAGUUCAGCCACAGCCAGUUUCAGCAAUUUGACCACUCAUGUUUCACAAGGCAUUUCAACAGUACUAGAAACAGGCAUUGGCGCUCCAGACCCUGAGGAACUAGCGAGGAUAUCCGCCAAGAAUGACACAAAACCAAAUACCACAGAUGAUGACAGGAGAAACAGCACUGAAGUAAAAUCAGAGCAAAGUAGUCAUAGUGCUAAUGAUGGUGCAUUCCCGUUUGGUAAUCUCUUUUCUGGUGUUACUAAGUUCGUUGAAAGUACAGGUACAAAAGUUAUAGCAGGCGGUCUCGACACUUUAGAAACAAUAGGCAAGAAGACGAUGGAGGUCCUGCAGGACGGGGAUCCAGGCUUAGCCAAGAAACGUGCCAUGCUGGGUCUAGACUCUGGUGAUAAGCCUGUACUGUCACAGGUGCUUCGGGAGGCUAAAGCCAAGGCAGAUGAAGAGGACCAGUUGAAAGAGGCCAAACGGGAGGCCAAGGAGGUGCACUACGAGACACUGUUCGAUGAUUUUGAAGGUCUAGUCCACUUAGAAGCGUUAGAAAUGCUGUCAAAGCAAGUCAGUAUGAGGAUAGAGGAGCGGCUGCGGAGUGCUGACCCUGACAAGCGACAGGACAUUAAGGAAACGUUACAGCAAGUUGCAGAACUGUGCGAAAUGCCCGAGGAAGAAGAUGAAGAAGACGAGGAAACAUCAGAAGGCGCGUCCAAGCCGGACGCGUUGCACGAACGACUGCAAAAAGCCACUAGAGACAUAGGACUUAAAAUACAGUUCCAACCUCUCAUUAAACAGUACACAGAAAUCUUAGCAUGGCUCGAAACAAGCGACCCAAGUGUAACAGAGAAGGCUGUAUACAAAAAAGCGGUCAGCGGUCUCGCUCACACGACCGCCUUAUCAGUGGAACUGUACCACAAGACUGCUGAGAUGCUGCUGGUGAAGACUAGGAGGUCCACCGCUGAUGAAGCCGAUGCUCUUACUCAAAUGACGGUAGUUCUAACAAAACACAUCAGUGAACUGGCAACGCAGUUUACGGAGAAACUGACCAACCAUACGUCAGAAGAUAAAGAACAGAUUAAUAACUACAUCACUAAUGUAUUUUUAGAGGCCGGCAACAGUUCGAAAUACAUAGAAAAUGCAUUCCAGUUGGCUUUACCUAUCGUACAAAUCGGUGCUGUGUAAAAUUCAAGUCUCACUGUUUAUUAUUAUAUUUUAUUAUUGUGAUAUUAUAUUGAUUAAAUAAUAUAUUAUAGUGUCUAAAGCUUACAAUUUUUAUUUUUAACAUAAUAAUAAUUUAAUUUUAGUUUAUAUAGCAAAUUGGAUUCAUAUGACAUCUAUUGGUGUUAGUAAAGAAGAAAAACUGUUUUUAGAGAAAAUGACAAAAUUUAUAUUAUUUUGUAAUAUACGUGAAUGUUACAAUUAUGACAAUAAAAUCUCGAAUGCUUUACUUGCA